AUGUGUUUAGCACUCAAAAAACCGUUUAUUUUUCCCUCGUGUGAAGCUGAAGCUAAGAAGAAGCUUCGUUUAUACAAGGACGAUUAUUGUAUUCUUGAAGAAAACAAGCUCAUUCUCAAGAAUUUCUAUUUUCCCACUCUUCAGUCUAAGAAAAUCAAUCUUGAAAAUAUUGAAGCCGUCUACUACAUAAAACAGAACGGACCCAACGAAAUCUGUCGUGUUGCUAGUUGGGGAACAUCAGGAACACCCAUAUGGUGGGCACGUGAUUUCAACAGAUCUGUCAAAAGAUGCCAUAAAAUGUUUUAUCAUGUUAUUAUUGAGAACGGUGAAGCAUACAUGAAAGGAUUUACUGUCAGGGAUAUUCAAUCAUUUCUACACGAACUUCACAUGCUUAUUCCUAAAGUUGAAAACUUCGUUAAUGAUUUUCCUCUCUGA